UUCUCGUCUCGUCUCGUCUCGUCGGCGUUGCUGCUCUCCCUCCCGUUCGUCUCCUCCGCCCUCCUCGCGCGGGCUCGCCGGCCGCCUCCGCCGAUCUCCCGCCGCCCUGCUGUGUCCCGCUGCAUCCUCACCAGUGCGGUGAACUACAAAGAUGGUACAUUGGGCUGGUCCUCCUCCGCCAGUAAAGGCCCCUGAAAAGAUCACAGAAGUAGCCAGUAAGACUACAUAUGAUUCCGCAAUGGUCGAGCAAAAGACAAGACCGCAUGCCAUCGAGCGCCACAGGUCGUGUGAAGUGAGUCAAGUGGUAUUUUCUGAGGUAGAAAAUCGUCAUCAACACCAAACCCUCGAGCCCACUAAAAGCCCAAUAUCUGGGUGUUCUGCUCCAGUGGAAUCAACUACAGAUACCAACGCAGUACACAAGAACACGGUUGCAGAUGCUGCUUGGGAGGCCCUAAAGAAAUCAAUGGUUCACUUCAGAGGCCAACCAAUUGGAACUGUUGCUGCAAUAGACAAGUCUCAGGGAGCACUCAACUAUGACCAGGUUUUCAUGAGGGAUUUUAUUCCUAGUGCAUUGGCUUUCUUGAUGAAAGGAGAACCAACAAUUGUGAAGAAUUUUCUGUUAGAGACUGCUCGCCUUCAACUAAGAGAGAAGAUGGUUGACCUCUUUAAGCUUGGUCAGGGUGUGAUGCCAGCAAGUUUCAAAGUGCACCACUGCAACUCUAAGCACAAAACUGAAAGUCUGCUUGCUGAUUUUGGUGAAACUGCCAUCGGAAGGGUUGCUCCUGUGGACUCUGGCUUAUGGUGGAUUAUUCUUCUUCGUGCUUAUACCAUAUGGACAAGGGACAAUUCUCUGGCUGAAAGUCCUGAAUGCCAAAGGGCAAUGCGCCUUAUCCUGAAAUUGUGUCUGUCUGAAGGGUUUGAUACGUCUCCAGCUUUGCUUUGUGCUGAUGGUUGUUCCAUGGUCGAUCGAAGAAUGGGUAUAUAUGGCUAUCCGAUUGAAAUCCAAGCUCUGUUUUUCAUGGCUCUGAGAUGUGCCAUAACUUUGCUGAAAGAAAAUCACAACGACGACUUUGUGUACCAAAUAUCAAAGAGAAUCGAAGCUUUGAGCUACCAUCUGCACACUUACUACUGGCUUGACUUCCAGAGGCUGAACGAGAUAUACCGCUACAAGACAGAGGAGUACUCAGAGACAGCUCUGAACAAGUUCAACGUGAUACCAGAAUCAAUCCCCGACUGGAUAUUCGACUUCAUGCCGAGUCGCGGCGGGUACUUCAUCGGCAACCUCAGCCCUGCGAGGAUGGACUUCCGCUGGUUCUGCCUCGGCAACUUCAUCGCGAUCCUCUCGUCAUUGGCAAGCGGCGAACAGGCUGAAGCAAUCCUGGACCUUGUGGAGGAGCGCUGGGAGGAGCUCAUCGGAGAGAUGCCCAUGAAGGUGUGUUACCCCGCUAUGGAGAACCAGGAGUGGCAGAUCGUCACCGGGUGCGACCCCAAGAACACCAGAUGGAGCUACCACAACGGAGGAUCAUGGCCAGUGUUGCUGUGGCUACUGGUGGCGGUGAGCGUGAAGCUGGGGAGGCCGCACAUCGCGCGGCGAGCGGUGGAGGCUACGGAGAAGCGGCUGGUGAAGGACGAGUUCCCGGAGUACUACGACGGGAAGGCCGGGAGGUACGUGGGGAAGCAGGCGCGCAAGUUCCAGACGUGGUCCGUCGCCGGCUACCUGGUCGCCAAGAUGCUGCUCGACGACCCCUCCAACCUCCGCGCCGUCUCCCUCGCCGACGACGGCCACGCCCGCUUCCCCGUCCUCAAGCGGAGCAACUCCUUCCCGUGAUGAUGCAUCUUCACGUGCUUGCCCCACACGGAGAUGCUAACCACCCUUGCAUAUAAAUAUAGGCACGUACGUACGUACUCCGGUAAUCAAGGCUGUUAACUCACUGUUCAUAUCGUACUGUACUUGGUAGUAAUGUUGUUGUCAGGAUGAGGAUUAGGGUAUUCACCGGACGCCCCUCGCUGGUGGAUAUUUUGGUAGCUCGCGCACAGGUCACUACACAAACCGGCGGUUGGAAAUGGAGUUUUGAUCGGAAUGUUGGACAGAAAAGCUCAUGGUUAGACCUGGAUGACUUUUGAUGAUUGUGGAUUAAUGGUGCAUCCACCACAUUGCUGACACUCAUUUGAGUAUGUCGGUUUCUUAUCAACUCAUUUGUUUCUUGCCGAU